AUGGCAACAAAUAAUACUCAAAUUCAGCCUCAAAUUCCAAUCUUCAAUGGUAAGAAUUAUGAGUUUUGGGCAAUUAAAAUGAAGACUUUGUUUUUCUCACAAGAUAUUUGGGAUUUGGUAGAGAAAGGUUUUGCAGAACCACAUGAUGAUGCAGCUUAUCAGAGAUUACAACAAGCAGAAAAAGAUCAGCUUAAAGAUAAUAGAAAAAAGGAUGCAAAAGCCCUGUUUUUAAUUCAGCAAGCAAUGGAUGAGUCAAUCUUUCCUAAGGUUUCGAUAGCAACAAGAUCCAAGAAAGCAUGGGAAACUCUAGAGAUAGCCUAUCAAGGUAAUACAAAGGUGAAAGUGGCUAAAUUACAAUCUCUUAGGAGAAAUUUUGAAAAUUUGCAAAUGAAAGAAUCUGAGUUUGUAGACCAAUUUAUGAAUCAAGUAUUGAAUAUUGUGAAUCAAAUUAGAUCUAAUGGAGAAGAAUUAAAAGAUCAAAAGGUGAAUGAAAAUCUUCUCAAGAGUUUGCCUAGUAAAUUUGACUCUAUAGUUGUAGCAAUUGAAGAAUCAAAAGAUUUGUCACAGUUAUCAUUAGAUGAGUUAAUAGGCUCUUUAUUAACACACGAAUCCAGAUUGAAUAGAAACAAUAAUACCUCUUUUGAGAAUGCUUUCAGAGCACAGAGUUCACCAGGAAAAGGAAGAGGAAGAUCAAAUUCCAGAGGAAGAGGAAGAGGCCGAGGUGGACAGAUGAAUACAAAUCAAGGAGAAAGGACCAAUCAGUCCAAUCAAUUUGAGAAACCUGGAGCAAAUUAUUCAGAUGUAUCUGAUAAUAAUUCAGGUGGUUUAUUUAUAACAUGCAAUGUGGUACAAGAAAGCUCUAAGGAUGUAUGGUUUUCAGAUAGUAGUUGUAGUAACCACAUGACUAGUAAUAGAGAACUAUUUUCUAAUUUGGAUGAUUCUAUGAAAUCUGAAAUAAAAUUGGGAAAUGAUACUGUAGUAUCUCUAAUGGGGAAAGGUGUCAUAAAUGUGUUGACUAAAAAUGGAGAAAAAAGGUUUAUUCCUAAUGUUUAUUAUGUGCCUGGAUUAAAACACAUUCUAAUGAGUGUUGGUCAAUUAAUUGAAAAAGGAUAUAGAGUUCUCUUUAAGAAUGAUGUUUGCACAAUCUUAGAUAGAAAUCGUAGUGAUGGGUUGAUUGCCAAGGUCCAAAUGACCAAGAACAGGAUGUUUCCCCUUCAGAUGUAUGGAAUAGAGGAGGCUAAUUUCAAGGUAGAAAUUUUAGACCAGACAUGGCUCUGGCAUUUGAGAGAUCAGGGGAUCAAGAAAUAA